CUCUCUCUCUCUCUCUCUCUCUCUCUCUCUCUCUCUCUCUCUCUCUCUCUCUCCAAUUCCUCUAAAAACAAACGUCUUCCAUUUGAUCCUAUCUGUCUCUUACUGUUCUCAAAAUGCUGAAAUCUGCACUUGAGAGGCUCAAAAGUUGCAGGAAACCCCUGUUCCAAUACAGGCGAUCAAUGGGUUUUAACACCAACACAUUUGAGAAGGUACCCCAAGAGAAGGCUGACUGUGUGGUCAUAGGGGCUGGGAUUGUUGGGAUUGCAGUGGCUAGAGCCCUGGCCCAAAAGGGAAGGCAAGUCUUAGUAAUUGAAGCUGCUUCCACUUUUGGAACAGGAACUAGCUCAAGAAACAGUGAGGUCAUUCAUGCUGGGAUUUAUUACCCCACUAAAUCAUUUAAGGCGCUUUUUUGUGUUCAAGGAAGGGAGUUGUUAUACAAGUAUUGUUCAUACCAUGAGAUUCCACACAAAAGGAUUGGAAAACUCAUUGUUGCUACUAGGGAUUCAGAGGUUCCAAAAUUGGAAGCUCUCUUGAAGAUUGGAAUAGAGAAUGGUGUUGAGGGUCUAAAGAUGAUAGAUGGUGAAGAAGCUAUGCAAAUGGAACGGGAAUUACAAUGUAUCAAGGCUUUGUGGUCUCCUUGUACUGGAAUAGUUGAUAGCCAUUCACUUAUGCUCUCUAUGGUGGGUGAGGCUGAGAGUUAUGGAACAAGCUUUUCUUAUAACACUGCUGUUAUUGGUGGCCACUCAGACAACAAUGGCUUUCAUCUGCAUGUUGUGGAAAGCAAAGAACUUGAGAAGUUUGGUGGUGACCAUGUUUUGCAACCUCAGUUGAUAUUAAGUACCAAUCUUGUAGUCAACUCAGCUGGAUUGAGUGCCCUCUCUCUCUCUAGAAGAUUUCAUGGGCUAAGACAUGAGAUUACUCCAGCUUCUUAUUAUGCUCGGGGUUGCUAUUUUACUCUAUCUGGAAUUGGAAAGCCUCCUUUUAACCAUUUAAUUUACCCUCUUCCCGAGGAUGGUGGAAUUGGUGUACAUGUGACGCUCGAUAUGAAUGGCCAAGUAAGGUUUGGGCCGGAUGUUGAAUGGCUUAAAGAUGUGGAUGACUUGUCAAGCUUUUUGAACAAAUUUGAUUAUUCAGUUGAUGCCAAUCGCGCGAAAAGAUUUUACCCAGAAAUAAAAAAAUACUAUCCUAAUUUGAAGGAUGGAUCUCUAGAGCCAGGAUAUGCAGGAAUAAGGCCAAAGCUAUGUGGUCCUGGGAAACCUCCUACCGACUUUCUUGUACAGGGGGAGGAUGUUCAUGGCGUUCCUGGUUUGGUGAAUUUGUUUGGGAUUGAAUCGCCUGGACUAACAUCAAGUAUGGCGAUUGCAGAAUAUGUCGUUUCAAGGUUUUGUGGAUGAUUGGCUAGGCCAUGAAACUCAUUAUCUAUUCUACAUUUUUAAGAUGCAGUUAAGAGGUCAGCACAAUGUCGUAAUAAUAAAAGGAGACCCUACCCCUAAAGAGAAUGUGGGGUAGGUGACAUUUACAGAGGAGUUUCUAGAGCGCCGCACAUGGCAAAUAGAUUCCCUUCUUAUAAGGUGGGGAUGUGUCUUAAGAAUUGUCUCUUUGCAGUUAUGUCUAAUUUUAAAUGGUUGUAACUAUUGAUGAGUGUCAUUUGUGAAGAAUCAUAGCUAUUAUGUAUCUGUGCUUUGUGUAGGGUUGUGACUCUUCAAAGUUUUUGUAACCCAUGGAACUAGUAUAGAAUGAGUGAUGAGUACAAUCCAUUGCACUGUUUGCCCCUC